AUGGAGCGGAAGGUCGGUGUGGAGUGCUUUUUGGUGUGCGUGGGUCUGCUAGUGGUUGUGUUUGCGAAUGCGAGCGCGGCGCUUUCGAUGGACAGCGCCGUCCCGAUGGAGUUCGCGUGGGCACCCACCCCGGACGGGUUGGGGAAGAGGGACUACAUCUACCCCGAGCUGAGCUGCCCUCAGGCUCCUCAGCCUGUCGAGCUCCCGGCCAACUGGCGUGCGCACCUGGAACCUCACUUUGACCUGCUGGUCAAGACGUGGACCAACCAGUUCAUCCUCACCAAUCAGACCCUGGCGGUGGUCUACGAUCAGAAAAUUCUAUGGAAGGUGGGACUGGGCUCUGCAGAGAUGGGACCGAAGGCCAGACCCGUCAGUCCCGAUAACAUCUUCAGGAUUGCUCCGUGA